ACAACUGUCUUACAACGAUUCCAGAAGGCAUCGCAGACCUUCGUCAACUCGAUUCGCUAAAUCUGGCGAGGAAUCAUCUACAGAAUUUGCCGAUGGAGAUUUUCAACCUUAAAAGCCUAACAACAAUAAUCCUUUCAUCGAACAAGCUGAAUAGGAUAAGCGAAGAUAUUAUCAACCUUGAUCAACUUACUACACUUGAUGUCUCUGACAACCACUUAGAAGAGCUUCCAGAAGCUAUUUUCAAGCUGACAACGCUUUCGAUAUUGAAGCUGUCAUCAAACCAGUUGAAAGAAAUACCCGAAGAUAUCAUAAAUCUCGCUCAUCUUACUACACUGGAACUGUCACACAAUCGCUUGACAAAGCUCCCAGAAGCUAUUUUCCAGCUAAAAAUGCUAACAACGCUAACUCUGUCUUCAAACCAGCUGCAGAGAAUGAAUGAAGAUAUCAGCAAUCUACAGGACCUUACCACUCUUGAUGUGUCUGGCAACCGCUUGAAAGAGCUACCAGAGACAAUAUGUCAGUUAAAAUGGCUAACUACACUUUGUGUAUCAGAAAAUCUACUGAAGAAGUUGCCUCUUGGCCUUGAUACGUUACGAAAUCUCACAUCGUUGCAAGUUGAGAAAAAUCCACAGCUGAAGUUUCCUCCUGUUGAUGUUUGGCAGCGUGGAUUAUCAAGCAUUAUGACAUACCUACACGAAAUAAGAAGAGGGAAGGCAUUCCAUCAAAAGGUUGUCCUUCUGGGCUCGAGCGGAGCUGGGAAAACCAGUUUGGCCAACACUUUAGCACAGAACAAACCAUCCUGCGUUGAAGAAGAAGACCGAACCAUCGUACUGGAUAGGAUCCCUUGGGAAAUUGACGUGAACGAGACACUGCUGGACGUGUCAAUGAUCGACUUUGGAGGAGAUGACAUCUACAAGAUAGUGCAUCAUCUCUUUUUAGAUGAAAGUUCCCUAGUGCUCCUUGUGGUUAAUUUGGCGCGAUAUUCUGAGGAGACGUUCUUGAGAGACAUGGGCAGUUGGAUAAAUGUGUUGAAGACCCGCGUACCUGAAGCUCGAGUCAUUUUGGUAGGAACACAUGUCGAUUGCCUAGAGAACAAAGAGGAACUGUUCUCGAAAGUGGAAAUGGUUAAGGAGCACUUUUCCUUUCAUUUCAAGGACGGCCAACUGAAGUCUGAAGACUUUGUUAUAGUGUCCUCUAAUGAUUUCUAAGGUAUACGCGAUUUAAGGAGCUGUAUUCUUGACUUUGUCGUUAAGAAUGGAAAGGUCAUUCCUUCCAAUUGGGUGCACUUUUACAAUGACCUGCAGAAUUCCGAAGUGACUAAGAAUCGACCAUUUCUGACUUUUGACGUCGUUAGACAGCUGGUCGAUUCCAGAAACAAAGGCGUUGCGGAAAUAUUCAUGAGAUUGUUUAAAUCCAAGAAUGAGUCAACAAAGACAAUGUUAAGCUUUUUCCAUAACGCAGGGAUUUUGCUGUGGUACCAACACUCAGACGAGCUCAAGAAGUUUGUGUUCCACCGUGCAGAGUUCCUGACGGAAGUUAUGAAGGUUGUCUUUUCAGACAAGGUGGCCACCGGUUCCCUGACUUUUGGGGGUAGUAUUAAACACUUCCUUACUUCAGAUUCUUUCGAGGAGACAAAGCAAGAUUUGCUAAGACGAGGAAUCCUGUCACGGACGCUCUUGAAGGGUCUAUGGAGAGACCACCGGAUUGAAGAAGAUGUGUUUGAUGCCAUGAUCGACUUGUUCACUCACCUUGACUUGUGCUAUCCAAUGGAAAAGGAAGUUCAUCGAGACGGGCUUCGUUUUCCUUGGUUCUUGACCGACGAUGUCCCAGAGGUGUGUUAUGUAAAGAAAUUGAUGCACGAGGCCCCUUGUUUGGGAUCUCAUCGUUUGUCUCUGAAAUACGUGUAUCCGGUCAUGUGUCCGACGCCGCUCUAUCAUAACUUCGUGGUACGCCUUCACCGUCAUGUACAAGACUUGAAAAGUCGACAUGACUGGAAGGAUGGAGUAUAUGCGCAGGUGAAACAAUCCCAGGUGUUGGUUCACAAAUCGUUUAAAGGAGCAGAAUCCAAUAUAACAGUGGCUGUCGAGGGACUGGAUUUACUUGAGCUAUGGACGAUACUCCUUGCUUGCCACGAAGAAUUAACACACUUGAUGGCACAGUGGCCGGGAUUGAGGUGGGAGUGCUCGGUUGUUUGUCCUCACUGCACACGUGUGAGUAUUCAGGAUCCUGGUAACUUCCCUAUGUCAAAUUUGGACCAACGCAAGUGCCCCAAAGGACACGUGACGUGUUAUCGCCAUGAUGAGAAGGUGCCCGCCUGUUUAGUGUACCCUUUGAGACCAGACGACCCCAAACACCGGCAAGUAUUGAAAGAAUUCAAUCGUCAAGAAAGCCAGGAUGUUGCAAGCAGCAGUAGAAGCCCAGCUGCUCAGCGGAGUCUUGUUUUCAAGUCCGGGUCGCCUUCUGUUGAUGAACUGCAUCUUUUGGCACGAGAAGUUGGUCCCAAGUGGAAAGUUCUAGGCCGACAACUGCGUAUAGCUGAUGCCGAUCUGAACCAGGUCGAGGCUGACAAUGAAGGCCAAUAUGAGCAAUGCUACCGCAUGCUGAAAAGAUGGACUGAGGUGCAAGUUAACCCACCGACUUACGAAGACCUCGGACAAGCGUUACAGCACGAUGCUGUCGAAAGGCCAGAGCUGGCGGAAAAGUACUGUUGUCAAGACGGUGGCGAGGAAUAUGUUGAGACCCCCAGCCCCACCGUGGUCUUUAAAGAAGGAAGGCCAGACCCAAAAGAGGUCCUCAGUCUUGCCCAUGAGAUGAAGAACUGGAAGCAGCUAGGGAGAGCCUUGAAAUUGAAAGACCCACAGCUGGACGAAAUUGAUGGAGGUAUCAGAGGCUUGUUCGAGAAAAGUUACGCAAUGCUCAGGGGAUGGAUGGAAACUAAAGGCAGCGCCGCGACUUAUGCGGAACUGGCGAGAGGACUGGAGAUAGUGGGAAGAAGGGAUCUGAUCAGGAAUUUCUGCAAAAAAUAGAGUGGGGUGAGGAUUCAUUUGGCCUAGUGACGUCAGCUGCAUUAGAAAUGCUACGAGAUGUUUUUAAAAUCUUGGACAUGUUCGUUAACGUUGGAAAAUGUUUUUAUCAUGUCAUUGUAGAUUAACGAGAUUAUAAGCGUCAUUCGAACAAUCUCUGUAUCAGGCAGGGUAGCAAGUGCUAUUUUUUGUAAAUCUUGAUGUAUCAUUUAGUAAGAUUUAGACCAUUAUUAUCCAAUCGUUGAGUCGUAGGAGCUGUGGAGUGUACCUUGAGAGUUGUUACGUCAUUACGAUGCACUCUGCAGAUUAGCAACAUCGGCGGACGAGAAAUGUGAGCUCUGCACGAUGUUGGAGACUGAAAUUAAGCUUCAAAAGGUGCUUGAUCCCUUAACUUGUAAAGGGAAAAGCUAAGUGACUUCGUAAUUUAUGGAGUAAAGUCAUUUCCUUUCAAGUACUUUUAAUUAAAUUGUGUUAGCUAUAGAAGAGAAAAUGAAUUAUGGAUUAAUUAUGGACAGUGAAUACGUGUUAGGCCUGGAAAAUAAAUACAAUUAACAGAGUCAUCUAGGAAAAAAAAAUUAAAGGGGAGGAAGACUUGAUGUUGCCACCAGUUCAAUCAAUGAUUUAGAGAACACUUGAUAGGUCCGCGACAGGAAAUCUUUGAUCCAUGUGGAAAUUUUCAGUUUUCUGUAAACAUUUAGUCUUUGGGUUAAUAGGGCAAUUUUCGUUGAUAGAAGUUUUGAUAGUAAACUGCAUGCUCGUAGUUUUUUUUUUUUUUUUUAAUUUCCUCUCUCUGUUAUGUUGAUUAGGUUAACAGUAACGAACAUCUUUAUUAAAGUCAAGUUUGAGCGUUUGUAUGAAAAUCAGUUGUUACUGAUCCUCAAUUCGUUGGGUGUUGUUGAGCGGUUGAUAAGUGGAACCUUGAUAUCUGAGAUACAUAGCGGCUGGGCAUUUAACAGCUGACCGCUUGAUAGGGGUUCGACUGUAUAUAUUUUUUAUGACAAUGUGAUCAAGGUUUUUUGGUUUGUUUGCUGUGUAUUUCCUUGAAGUAAUUGGCAUCCGGUCUUGCUACGUGUAUAUCAUGCGUUCCAUGAUAUGCACGUUGUCUACACUUUCACAGCGAUUGUAUGAGCUAACUUACGUUUCAUUUCUAUUAGACUAGAACUGUCGUUACAUUGUACGUUCU